AUGUUAUUGGAUGAGUUUAGUGAAUGGAAUAAAACAGUUUCUGGGAACAUUUUCCUCAAUCUGGAGGAGCUGGAAUAUACGGUCCAAGCACUUGAGAUCAAAAAGAAACAUCCCAGAAUGGCAAUUAGUAUGACACGCAUUCUCCGUGCUAAGCAGGGCCUCAGAAGGUCUUCUUCAAGAACAAACAGAGAAAAUGAGGUUCCUAAGGGGCACUUUGCAGUUUAUGUGGGCGAAAGCAAAAAGAAGCGCUUUGUUAUCCCGAUAUCAUACUUGAAGGACCCUUCGUUCCAAGACUUGCUAAGUCAAGCAGAGGAAGAGUUUGGAUUUGAUUAUCUAAUGGGUGGAAUCACCAUACCUUGUCUGGAGGAUACCUUCCUCGAUAUCAUCUCGUGUUCAAGUAGAUAUUGA